GACGUCAUCACUGCGCGCCGCAGAAGGCCCCGCCCCUCGUUGCUCGCCCCCUCUCUGCCCGCUUCCCAGCGCGGCGUGGUACGGCGGUCGGGUGUGCUCGUCGGUAGGGCCACGCUGCGGCUGUGGGGCUGGGGAGAGGGAAUCGAGGCCUCUCUCCUUUCGGUGUAAGCGUCAUCACAUCGCUGCGCGUGCCGUAAGGGCUUUCGGAGCCGCCGGGAGCAGCACUGUGGGAGCGUGGGCCUCUAACGCUCAGUCCGUUAUCCCGGCCCUGCCAGGUGUGUGUCUGUGACAGAGGAGAUGUGGAGGUGACGUUUGCACGAAGUGGAAAUCCUUCUUGCAAACAAGAUUGUGAGUUGGCGUUUGGAGAGUACUCUAACUGUACUUACUAGAUGCGUCUCCAGCUGCCCCAAGCUGGCUUGAAAAAACCUCUCUAUGGACACAGUGAUAACUAGCAGAUGGAAAUGUCAGAAGAUAUUAAUGCAGAAGAAUAUCCCACUGAAAUUCAUGAUUAUCUUGCAACAUUUGAGAAAUCUCUUACAUCAGUAGACGAGAUGUUGAAGACAAUGAUGUCAGUUUCUAGAAGCGAGCUUCUCCAGAAGUUAGAGCCUCUUGAGCAAGCGAAACUGGAUUUGGUUUCUGCGUACACGUUGAAUUCAAUGUUCUGGGUAUACUUGGCUACUCAGGGAAUCAAUCCAAAGGAACAUCCAGUGAAACAGGAACUGGAGAGAAUAAGAACGUACAUGAACAAGGUCAAAGAAAUAGCAGACAAGAAAAAGGCAUCCAAACUUGAUAAAGGAGCAGCUUCUAGAUUUGUAAGAAAUGCACUCUGGGAAGCAAACCCUGAAAAUGACCAAACUCCUGCUAAAGCAAAAAAGAGAAAGAUGAACUAACCUUUUCCCCCUUACAUUAUCAGAGACGCCUAGAAUCAUCAAAAUGUGUUUUUUGCUCUGUAUGAGUCUCACAGAAGUGCUGUACAGCAACACCUUGAUUAAGUUAUACUUAAGAAUUUUGCAGGAUUGUAUUUUGUCCAAGAAGCUUCUCACUGAGGUAGCUAUGCACUGAGGUUUAAAAAAAAAAAAAAAAUUGUAUGUUUAUCUGAAAGUGCCAUGUGAUGCUCCAGAGGUAAUAUUUCAUUAUUAAAAUGAUAAUGCCCUGAUAUAUAUUGUUAGUAAUAGAUACUAGUGUUGUUUUGAUUAUAACGCCUAAGAAUUAUUUUUUCUACUUAUAAACGAUUUUACAGUUUUUGUAUGUACUUAAUCUUUUGAAUAUUAAAAGGGUCUCAAACAAUGCUGUCCAGUUUGUGGUGUUUAUGUAAAACGCAUGUUUGCUUUCUCAUUAUGCCAUUGUGUGAGUUCUUGUGUUCAGAGAGUAUUGUAGGGUUUUUUCACUAUAUUAAACUGUUGUGUUCUCAGCUUCUGGAAUUGAAUAUAUGCUAUAUUCCCUUACUUUUGUGGCUUCUGAAGAAGCAGAGGUUCAAGGGCUACAAGCAAGAAGCCUGAAUUCCACUUCAAGCCUUUGUGUUUAAUCAUUGCAUGAAGGGGGGCAACACAACAAAAACAGCCCAAAUGAGCACUUUGUAGGGCCUGAACAAAGCAGGCAGGGGACAGCAAACAGGAAACAGCACAUGCAGGAGCUUGAUUGGAAUUUUGGCUCUAGCGUGCAUCUCCUACUGCUGACUCAGGUAAAUGUGCUGUGAGGUGGUAGGAGUGUGGUGGUUGGUUGCUAUUUCUCAGAUCUUUAUUCUCUGGUAUGCUUCAAACUACUGCUCUGCCUUGCAAAGUAGUCUGUUCCCCUCAAGUGUGAAGCUUACUUGUUUAGGGGAGGGUACAUUAAUUUCUUUAGGAAAACCUAAGAAUUUCAUUUUUCAGUAAACUACAGAGCAAAACUCAAUUGUUAGUCCAAAAGCUGCUUAAGAACUAGUGGUAAGCUAAUUUUGAAAGACAAAUAAGCAAUUUAAUUCACCAAAAGGCCAUUUGAGUAGCGUGAAAGGCUAAAUGAUCAAAAAUAAAUCCAGUACCCCUAUUAUAGUAUAGUACUGCAAGCUGAAUGAUUUACAAUGGAUGGAUAUUGUCAUCAGCAUUAUCUUGCAUCAUGCAGUGCAGAACAUGGAUUAAUUUCAGUGAGUGCUAAAACGAAGUUUCUCUUGUCAUUGACUUCCUAAAAAUAAAUAUUUGAAAAUAAAAUAAUUGUCAAGUUUAAUAAACUCAAUUGUUGUUUAUCUCUGGAAA